GUAUUGAUGACAUAAUAAGGCAAAACGAAUCGAAAUAUUGAUGGAUGUGUUUAUUCAUACGAAUUCAUACUUUGUAAGAAAACCAAAUAAUGAAAUCCAGUUUUUGAGAAUAAAGAUAAAUAAGGAAGAUAUCUGCAAUUAUAAUUUUAUAUCGAAUUUCUUGUGUACUGAAUGACAUCAUAGUCAACGCCUCGCUUUCGUAAUACGGUCAUCCAACCAAAAAGCCGAUACAAUACCACGUGAUGAAAAUAAUAGCAGGGUAGCAAUUAGAGGUUACACGUACAGGAUCUUAGCUACGGAAUUUUGGCGAAGUUCUCCCUAUAUUCAGUAUAAUUCGCCAUUAUACUCUAAAGAUAUUCUCCACCACAACUUGCAGAUAAAGGAAAGGACAAAGUCAAAAGGAGAAAACUGAAAGUGAUAAAUCAAAUAUAAUAUUUAAAUAUUGAGGAGUGUUUAAAAACAAAAAAUUGCCAAAUGGAGCAAAACAACCCUAAUCUUCCACCUACAACUUUCUGCCGUUCAGGGUGCGGAUUUUAUGGAAAUGAUUCUUUUGAGGGCCUUUGCUCGAAAUGCUACAAGGAUCAGUUAAAACGCAAACAGCAGAGCUCGUCGCCAGUGAGCCCAGCCGGCCGAUCGAGUCCCGCCACUUCACUGAGCCCCGCCUCUUCAUUGAGCCCAGCAGGUGAGGAUGCCGCAGUGACUACUGUCAGCCUUAGCCUCAGUAAAACUAACCUAGGGAACACGGUGCCUGUCACUGAUGCGGGCUCUAAUACAUCAAUUAGCCGAGGAAGCACGACCCCCAGUGUGGAGACUGGUUCACCUACCAUACCUGUCACCAGCGCAGCUGACAAAGACAAAGUGGAAGGAGCCUCUGGUGGGACAGAGGGCAGUGACAACGGAGCAGACACCAGCAAAGAUAAAAAGAAGCGCAGCAGAUGCCAUACUUGCAAGAAAAAGGUUGGCCUCACUGGAUUUGAGUGCCGGUGCGGUGGACUAUUCUGCAGUUUACAUCGCUAUUCAGAUAAGCAUGACUGUACCUUCAACUACCGCGAGAUGGCGCAAGAGCAGAUUAGAAAAAAUAACCCUGUGAUUGUUGGCGAGAAAAUUCAGAAAAUAUAGGAAAAGACUUAGUGAAAUUCAAAAUUAGUUUGCCCACACCCCUUUUUGCAAAUUUUUUUUUUGGGUAGACAGAAUAUAUAUAUAUCAUAUAAAGCUUUCUUUUUUUGGUUUUUGUUUCAAUAAUUGUGAAUUUGUGAAAAAGAAUGAAAAGUUAAUACAACCUAUACAUGCUUAAAGGUUUGGUUUUGAGCUAAUUGUGUGAGUGAAAUUUUUUUGUCAAAGAAAACAUGUUUAAAUCAAGAAGAUGAAUGAAACACGAGUAUUGUUUGUUUUUAUCUAGUUCAUGUUAUGUUACAGUAAUUGGCAAGAUUUUGUACUGCUUUACAUAAUUAAGUUCUUUUUAACAGUAAAUAAUGUUAACAUGAUUUGGUACUAUUAAGCUUUAUGAUAGUUAACUUUAACAUUGUACAAAGUUAACAUUAACCAGUAUCAGCUUUAUGAUUAAAUUAACAUUAACAUUGUUAAAAGUUAAGAUGGCUGGUUUUGGCUUACAUGAUAUCUUUUAAGUUAAUGAUAACAUUUAACAUGACUUGUAUAUAUGCUUACAUGAUUAAGUUGAGGUUAUCAUUGUACAAAGUUAAUAUUAUUCCAGAUUGGCUUUAUGAUAAGUUAAUGGUUAUAUUAUAAAAAGUUAACACUGCUGGUAUUUGCUUACAUGAUAAAGUUAAGUGUAACAUACUUGAGUAGUGUAGUGAACAUGUUAGAGGUUAAUAUGAUUGAGUAACAGUGUUAACAUCAUUAAUGUUAAUAUUGUUAAAUUAUUGUUAACAUUGUUAAAUAAAUGUUAACAUGAUUCAUUUAAGGUCAUGAUUAACCUGCAUGCAUACAUGUUCACAAAAGCCAGGCCUGUUCAAUUGACUACAAUACCUACAGUGAAUACAUACAUUUCAUAAGUGUGCAAAUAUGAGUGGAUUAAUUAUUGUACGUCUUAGGGCAAGACAGGCUUAACUUCUAGUGUUAUAUAUGGAGUUAUGACUGUCUUGCACCAAGUCCUUGAUUAUGACUUAAGAGUGUGGUGGUGUAAUGCAGUGCACAAUUUUGCUAAUAGGAACACAUGUAAAUACAUUUAUUGUAAAGAUGUUGCAAAUCAUCAAAAACACAAUGAUAAUGUGUUUAAAAUUUCUCAUAUGAUUUUGCCAUUUCAUAGAAGUAUGUCAUUUCACGAUGUUUCAGUGUGUAUUUGCUUUGUAUGGAUAUUGUGUACAUGUUUGUGAAGAGAUCAGGACGUUAAUAGAAAUAUGAAUGCAGACUUUGUUAACUCUUCAUGUUUAACCGAUCACACAUUUUCACAUGUUAAACAUAAACAUUACAGAAUUCUUGGUCAUCAUUUUUAGCAUCUUCAUUACAAGUACUUUUAUAGCCUGAAACAUCAGCACUAAGCACUUGUGAGCAGCUUACAAUGGAGUGUCGAUGGACUUUCACUUUGCUUCUAAGCCCAUGUUUACGAACAAUUCUCAAGUUCAGACUAGUGCAUUUACAUAUGAAAAAUUAAGCUUGACUGAAACAAACAAACUUGAGUCCUCUAAAACAAGACAAAUAUUUUCUCUGUGAUAAAUGGAAAUCCAGCUAUGUCUCUGCUGUUACAGGGCAUUGCGAAGUUUUUACAACAGCAUAUGGCUGAAAAAUAAUAUUUCAGUUUACACAACAUGGUAAAACUUUUGGUUGUUAAAAGAUUUUAUUUCACAGCAGGUAAUGCCUGAAAAAAUAUUAUUUCAGUUUACAGAGCCUGUUAUGGUGAAAUAACACUAUUUCAGUUAAGACAUCAUGAAUUGGCUGAAACAACAUUAUUUCAGUUAACACUCCAUGAAUUGGCUGAAACAACAUUAUUUCAGUUAACACUCCAUGAAUUGGCUGAAACAACAUUAUUUCAGUAAACACACCAUGAAUUGGCUGAAACUACAUUAUUUCAGUAAACACAUCAUGAAUUGGCUGAAACAACAUUAUUUCAGUAAGCACAUCAUGAAUUGGCUGAAACAACAUUAUUUCAGUUAACACACCAUGAAUUGGCUUAAACAACAUUAGUUCAGUAAACACACCAUGAAUUGGCUUAAAUAACAUUAGUUCAGUAAACACAUCAUGAAACGGCUUAAAUAACAUUAUUUGAAUGUUUUGACAGUUUUACCUUCACCAAUGUAGGUAUGAUUUGACUGGGGUAUGAUGUGACUGGGGUAUGAUGUGACUUGGUCACCAUUAACUCAGGGCUUAAUGAAGGGGUUUUAUCAAGUAUGCAAAACCUUCCAAUAUAAAUCAGUUGUUAUAAUGUGUUAAAACUUUAUAACAAUAACUUUGCUUAGGCUUUGACAUUACUUAUGACUGGCAUUAACGUUACACAAUAGGAAUAUUGGAGGUUUUUAUGCUUUAAAAGGUUAUAUUGUUAUAUUGUAUGAAGAAACAGGCAUUUUGUGUAAAUGUGUUCAUUUAAGUAUCUGAGCGGUAAUAUUAGGAAAUGAAAGUGAAAGAUUAAAUGCAUAUUUGACAAGUAGUCUUUUUUUUUUCUUAUUUGUGUAUAUAAGGUACAGUACGUAGUAUUUUUUCACGCCCAGGUUCUAGAUGUAACCAUAUUCUGUGGAGAAAAAAGACUGUCUACAGUAUAGUUUGGAAAUUAAGUAUUACUUUCUUUUUGUGUGGUGUUAUUGGUUGAUUCCAGAAUUAAAAAAGCUGUUUGAGGUUAAUUGAGUUUUAAAGUAUAUUAUUUCUCUGUUUGUUUGUUUGUAUUUGCAGUUUUUAUUGAUAUAGAUUAUCAUGUUUGGAAAUAUUAACUAAUCGUGUUGUUACCGCUUUAUGCAUAAAUAACGCUUUCUAUGUGUCCUUUAAUAUGGAGCAUACAUAGCAUAAGACUUUUCCUGAGCUUCUUGCAAAUUUUGAAAUAUUAUGUAAAUCGGACACAGAAAACACAUCUUCAUGUAUACUGUGGUACAGUUUUGCACCCUGUUUCUAUAAUGUUCUGAAACUUGGGCAGUAUUCUUAAAACUUCUGAUGUCAUUUCCUCACAUAAGUCACUUUCCUGAUUUUAGUCAAAGGAAAUAAAAAAAAUAAAGAAUUUCUAAACUACAUUAUUUUGAUGAAGAAAACCUACAUAAAUGUUAAUAACACUUAUACAUUUCUUUUUAUUUGAUUAUGAAAAUGUUUAGAAAUCAUUAGGAAAUGAAUUAAGAUGCUUUAUGAAUAUGGCUACGGAACUAUUACACAUCACAGCUUUACCAAUCAAAAACUUGCAUGAAGGAUCUUACAUUGGUUGCCUUUUGAUACAAACAAACUAUCAGGAAUCUGGUUUAGUAAAGUUUCUAUAGUGAUCCUUAGGCAAGCUUAAUUUCUCCUGUUACAAGUGUCCUAAGAUUUUGUAUUUAAUGGCAAGGAAUCUAAGAUUGUUUUAUUACAGGGCACAUUUGUCACCAAAAAUGACGAUUUUAUUCAUUUUACAGUGAAAGUGGCGCUUAAAUUGUGGAACAAAAUUGAAGUCAAUGUCGAGUUAUAUACACUAGUAUGAUAUAAGAAAGAACAAGUUAUAUGUCAGUUAUAGCAAAACAUAUUUAGGCAUAGCCCUGAUAUUUUAACAUUAUUUAUGGAGUGGAUAAAGCAGUUAUUUAUACCACUUAUUUAAAACUAAAAAACAAUAGUGUUAUAAAUAAUUGCUAACCAGAAUACAUUAUUCAUUGUGAUGGUCUUUUCCAUUUUCACUGUAAGUAAACAGUUAAGCGCAUCAAGGUCUUAAUUCAUUAGAUACUGGUAGGAACUUGGAUCAAUCUAUUCAUAAGAAUUUAAACCCUUGUUUAAUAAAAUUCUUCAAUAAGAGCUGUCAAUUUUGUACCUGUAUAUCCACCCUUAAAAUGAAGUCAAUUAUUCCAACACAUUCCCGUAAUUUUACAACUGAUUUUGUUGAAACUAGUGUAAAAUAACACAAAGAUUUCUUGUAUAUUGAGCCAGUUGUUUUGCCGUUAUCGAAAUAUUUUAUAUAUAUUUUGAAAUGUAUGUUUGAGAAAGUCCAUUUAAAAUAUACAAGUUCUUUAGUAACUAGUAUUUGAAUUAAAAAAAUAAUUUCUGUGCAAUAAUGAACAGUAUAAAAAGCUUUUGUAUACAAGUUUUAAAUGGAUUUUUCAAUAGUAGUUCAACCCGUCAAAUCUUUGUAAAUAAAGUGUUAUUAGUUUCAAUUAUACCAGUUUUAAUCCAACCUUUCUCUUUAAAUAAAUCUUUUUUCUCUGUUAUUAUGUAUGAUUUUUCUGUGUACAUUUGUAUGCUAUACCAGAAACAGUAGACUUGAUUUAUUUAUAUUAUUCAUUUGUUAUAUGAUUAAAAUUUACAUGUA